CAGGAGGAAUCAUCCAACCAAGAGAAAAUAAAUAUGAGGAGGCGGAGAAGAUGGGCUGUCUCCAUAUGGACGCGCAGGAACAUCAACUGGAGGUUGCAAUCAUAUCCCUCCUCUUCUCAUCUGUCUCGGGAAACAGUUCGCUCACUUAUCUUCUACGCUUUAAGAGUGUGGGCCGAGCCAACGCCACUGGAGUUCCAUGAGGUGGGCAGUCCGGAUGCAGCUGACCUGCGGGUAGACUUCUUCCAUGGUUACCAUGGUGAUGACUACCCCUUUGAUGGGGCAGGUGGAGCAGUAGGCCACGCUUUCUUCCCCUCAGACCCAGCCCGGGCAGGAGUAGUUCAUUUGGAUGCGGAGGAAGAGUGGGCAUUCAGACAGCCAGUCUCUGAGGGUACCGACCUGUUCACAGUGCUGGUUCAUGAGUUUGGCCACGCACUGGGCCUUCCUCAUUCCUCAUCCCGUCACUCAGUCAUGAGGCCAUACUACCUGGGUCCUGUCGGAGACCCUCUCCACUACCGCCUGGGACCCCAAGACCUGGAGCACAUCACUCAGCUCUAUGGCCAAAUGAACAAGCUGCUGUCUACGGAGGCUCCUCGUAUCACCACAGAGUUGCACCACAGAGGCCAUCAUCAUCAUCGUCGUCAGCAUCAUCAUAGGCAUGGCCCCUCCAUAGAUCACUGUAACACCAGUUUUGAUGCUGUGGCAAAGAUUCGAGGAGAAACUUUCUUCUUCAAAGGUCCGAUGAUGUGGAGGGUCAAUGGCGGAGGCUUGGUGUCGGGGCGCGGUUCUUCAGUGAGGAGGUUGUGGAGGGGUCUACCCCCUGACCUGCUUCAUCUUCAAGCUGUGCUGGAGAGGCGCUCGGAUCAUGCUAUCAUCUUUAUCAGUGGUCACCAGUUCUGGCUCUUCAAGGACCUGUCUCUGCAAGAAGGCUACCCUCAGCCCCUGUCUGCUCUCAGGACGGGCGUCAGCUUAGAUUUAGCAGACACUGAUAACGACGAUGAUGACGAGCAGGCAGCAGGAGCAUUAGAGAGAUGGGGCCUGGUCUGGGACCCGGAGGAGGGGGCUGUGUGGGGAAAAAUUGGAGAUGCCAAACAAGAGAAUCAAGGAGACACCUGGACACAACUGCUCAAAGAGGGUGUGAAUGGAAUCACUACAGACACUAAUGGCUCUGUCUAUCUCUUUAAAGGAGAGUCCUACUGGAAGUUCAUGUUUCCAGGUUCAUCACUGCAUGAUGGAUACCCACGAUCCUCUGCUGCAGACUGGCUGGGCUGCACUGACUCAUCCUCACCUGGGAUGCAGGACCUCUCCUUUUCACUGUCAUCACCUGGAGGAAGAGAGGAGCUCAGGGAGAGUUGGAGAUAUCGUGGAGAGGAGGAAGACUUGAUAAAAAGAAAGCGGGUCAGAUACAGAACUAAACACAAAGAGGUGCUGGACAGAGGUUCACACAUCUGGACAAAAUGCACAUGCCGAAACGGAGCCCUGGGGGGCAGGACAACAUUUUUGAUAGCUGCCUUGCUGCAGGUUACAUGGGCACUGUUAGCUGUUUAAAGGUGCACAAUGAAAGAAAAAACUGAGGUUUUAUUAGACUAAACAGAGUGUGUGUACAAC